AUGAGCUCCGAUAGCCAUGCACCACUGGCCAGCGCCGCCGGUGACCUCAGUGCGACACCAUCACAAGAUCUUGGCCCAGGAAUUUCAGGGGGUAUGCAGCCUGAUUAUCGGUCUCCCCUUACCCUGCCAUUACAGCGUCCUGAACAGCCGGACCUGGAGAGCACUCCCGGACCGCGUGCGAGUGCGACAAGGCCCUUCACUUGGUCAACGAUCACUCCGAGGCUACGUUUAAACCAAGAACCGUUUCAAUCUAACAGGGAUCCAUGGUCUCAGGAUGACCGGUCGCUACGUCUCUACUAUGAGAACUUCCACAUUGCCCAUCCAAUUCUGGCGCCCAGUGCUGUCUAUUACGACCAGGAAUACCCCCGUUUCCUGCAAAUGGUGGUCAACUUUGUCGGAUCUCAUUAUCUCCCAUCCAGCCCCGGUCAGGAAGAGAGAGAAAAGGUACUGGCUGAGUUGACGUGUCAUGCCGAUCGAUCACCAUGUAUGGUUCAAGCCUGGCUCAUCUACUCGAUCGCGAUCUACGCCCGAGGAGAAUGGGUGGAAGCGCAGGAUGCACUCUCGCGCGGCAUAGCUAUCGCUUUGAACAUUGGCAUGAACCGCCGUGAGUUCGCCACAAGUGUGCAUCCCGAGAACAGCAUCGAGGCAGAGAGCCUGCGCAGAACCUGGUGGGAGUUGUAUGUCACAGAUAUUCUGAUUGCCGCUCCGUCCAAAAGCAACACCUUCUUAUGCAGUACAAUGACUCCGGAGGUAGGCUUGCCGUGUGAAGAAUCGGUCUACACAGGCACCUGCCCAAUUCCGCCAUCCAAAAAGAUUCUCGACUUCAAACGACGGGUUUUUGCGCCCGAAGAGACUGUAUUCUCUUCCUUUAGUUAUCGCAUUGAGGCCACCGACAUCCUCUGCAGAGCACUCGUGCUAAGUAGGCUUAAGGACUACCACCGAGAUCAUCUGCAGGCGGUCGAAAAUGCUCUGGUCAGCUGGAUCAAUCAUUUGCCUGCAAGAAAGCUAGAUAUUGUCGACUCCUAUGGCAAUAUCGAUGAGAUGAUGUUCCAAGCGCAUGUCACGAUUGCAUAUGCAACUAUGCUUCUCCAUCUGCCGCGCAGUGAUCUUCAGCCUGUUCUUUCCCAAACCGACGAGAAGUUCUGGCCUGUCGCUUCUCGUCAUCUGGCCUCUACACUGAAUCGCCCGGUGCACAGUAUCAAAGCCACAGAAGCCUCGCGGCGAAUCUCAGAUGCUAUUUCCCUUUGCCCGAAUGUCCUCAAACACUCGCCGUUUGUCAUCCCUGCCUUGGCGCUCUGUGGCAUGAUCCAACUAGCGACUUCGGUCAAGCAUACCGAAGAGUGCUUUGACCAUCACUACAAUCGAGUCACGCUGAUUCUCGGGUGUCUGAAGAGCACGAAAAGAAUAUGGGGCCUCGCAGAUGCCGCAUACAACCAUCUACGCACAUCUGCAGCAGAUGCCUUGUCAGACUCAAUGGAACGGUGGUGCACUGAGCCGCUUCGUAAAUUCUUUCCCGCAGACGCAAGUCCUACCAGUACGGAUCGUACAGCAGCCCAGUCGGCUCGACCCAUCACUGCCAUCUCUGACGGCCAAGAUAUGGCCUUCCAGCCAAUGCUUCCGAGCUUUGUUGAUCCAACUUGCUACAAUGAUUCGUUCUUUACCACAAUCCCGGAUUUUGAGAUUGGUUAA